AAUGAUAUUCUGAUACUUUCAUUUUUUGAUAAUUUUCUGAAAUUGAAUCCAGAAUAUCUUUUUCAAGCGUUAAAUUUCUGGAAGUAUCCCAAUCGAAGAUAUGAACCUCUUGUUUAUAACCAACAAGUGCUAUCCUAUAUAUCUUUUAUUCUCUUCAUCAAAAGAUUUGGUAAAUCUUUGUUGUUCCUAUUGAUUCGGUUGUAUUGUUUCUUUAUUUGGUGUUGCCUUUCCCAUCUAUAGGUUAAGUGCAAACAUGGCAAGGAAUAUUUCUUGAUUUCUUGUUCGGUGUGUUCUAUUUGAUGCAAUUUAUGAUACAUCAAUGAUUCAACAUUGACAUCAUCACCAGAAAGUCGCUUUCCACUCCAAACUACCAUAAUAAAAAGGAAAAACUGUGAAACAUUCUUUGAUUUUUUUUUGAUGUUAUCUUGUAUGACUUUGAUAUUAGAUGUAAGCAUAUACUCAAUUCUUUUGGAAAGACGCCCUCGGCGAGACAAUGAACAGCGUCAUUAGGAGCACAAUUCCAUCGUGUGAUAUUAUCAAGUGAAAAUAUCAUAUUUUGAACAACACCAACUGUUGACUCAUUUUCCAAUGAACCCAUUUGUCGUUGUUUUAAUUUACUUUUUUUUUACUUGAAAAACUUCACAGAAAAAUUGUCAUUUUCACUUGAUGUUUUCCGCUAGCGAUUUCCAGCAUCCAAUUAAACGCCCAUAUUUCUUUUGACGUUAUGUAAUUCAACAUAUCGAACAAAUCGUGAAAGAUGUCGGGAGGUGCAAUAUUACUGACAGUAUUUCCAAUUCGGUUAAAAUACAGCUUCUAAAGACCAGAUUCAUUACACCAGAUUUCACAAGAUUGUAUUCAUCGGAAUCCAAAAUGGAAUGCAAUCGUGACGUUGGAUAAUCUUCGUUUGGUUAAGCACUUUUGGUUGCUUUUAUCAAAUCUCAUAGAAAAACCAAGGAUCUCAUUUUGGGCAAGGUUAUCACAGAUAUAAUCAUUGAAAGUGUUAUCAGGAUUUCGAUUUUCUGGGAUCUAUAGCUGUAACAACACUUAAUUCUAUAAUGCCAAUUACACGCACAAUAUAAAUUUUUUUUUUAUUUUCUAUUUCCACAAAUACACGUGUUGUUUUGGCAAAAAUAAAAAAAAAAUUUGCUCACUUUUCAUAUACGAGGCUUUAUAUAAAUCGAUUAUUUUUUCAUCAUUUCAUGUGUUCCGUUCCAUUUACAUCAUUAUCAGUAUACAGUGAGCACAGUAAUGUUUCGUGAAUUAUGUAAUUGUUGGCCAACAAAACCGGCACGUCAUAAACGCGAAAAAGAACGUAAAAAUGAACGCAAAAAUAAUGAACGAAUAACAACGAUGACGAAACGACGAUAUGAUACAAAUAGAAAAACUUAUGAUUGGAAAAAAGAAGAUUCAUCCAUACGAUUAUCUACUCGUUCAGGUUUUGCACAGAUUCCAACAUCGCCAACAGCAACAAUGGCUGGUGCUACAUCAAUCAAUCAAAGUAUGCGUCAAGCAACACCGAAAUUAUCACGGCCAUCGACACCAUCACAAAUGAAAACGACGGAUUUGACACAUAUCAUUCGUCAUGAUCCAAAUGAAACAACCGUUGAAGAAAUUCUACAUUGGAAUGGCUAUAAAUUGGAAGUUGAAAUCGGAAAAGGAAGUUUCGGCUCAGUAUAUCGUGCACGUGAUCUUGUCAAUGAUACAUUGGUAGCCUGUAAAGUGAUCGAUAUAAGUAAAACUUCGAAAAAUCAAAGUCUUUCAGUUCGUAAUGAAUUAUACGUUAUGGAAAGUGUUAAUCAUCCACAUAUAAUCAAACUAUAUAGACAUUUCAUCAUUGAAUCACCGAAAUCUCGUCAGGUUUAUAUUUUCAUGCAGCUUGCCAAAUCAAAAUCAUUAUCGGUUUAUGUUCGAUCAUUUAAAACGGGUUUACCCGAACAAACAACGAAAAAAAUGUUUGCACAAGUCGUAUCGGCUAUCAAUCAUUUACAUGAGAAACAUAUUGCACAUCGUGAUAUUAAAAUGGGCAAUGUAUUAUUAGAUGAAAAUAAUGAUUGUUUAGUGACCGAUUUUGGUUUAAGUCGUAUUGCAUAUCGUGCAUCACAAGGUAAAAAAAUAUUGACAAAUAAAUUCUGUGGUACAAUGCCAUAUAUGGCACCAGAAAUCCUAUUGACACGUGAUAAUAAAUUAGUUUAUGAUCCAUUUCCUGCUGAUAUUUGGGCAUUAGGCGUACUAUUAUAUUGUAUGAUUAAUCGUGGCUAUCCAUUUCCAAGUGAUGGUUCAAAAAUGUUGGAACAACAAAUGAUACAUAAAAUACGUUUUGGUAAAAAAAUGCAAUUCGAACCAGGCAUUGAUCUUAUUGAUCUAUUUCAACGAAUAUUGGAACCAAAUGCUGAAUUACGAUUACGUAUGGAUCAACUAAUGAAACAUCCAUGGCUAAUUAAAGAGAUUAAUAUUGUUGAAAGAAAUGUAAGACUAUAUCGUGCGGCCGAAAAUUCUCAAUCAGUUACAAUGAAAACAAAAAAUCAGUCAAUGUGGGCAAGAGAAAGUUUUCUUGAAAAAAUUGCUCAACGUAAGAUGGCUAUUGUGAAAAGACUUCGAUCAUCAUAAUAAUCAAUAUGAAUAAAAAUGAUAAAUAUGAUGGUCUCAUUUUUUUUUGAACAAUAACAA